UGCAGAUUUUGUUUUUCUCCAAAUCUGUGUUGCUUGCUUUUUUCCGCCCUUACAGAAUUGUCAACCGUCAGUCUUUAGAGCGACUCCUUUUUGGACUUAGAAAAAAAAGAGUGAAUUUGUAUCUUUUGCAUUUUAUUGUUACACAUUUUUUUUAAAAAAAACAUGCAGUUGAUUCUUGGUUAUUUUAAGGUUACUUUGUGGUUAACAGUAAUGUGUAGGAGAUGACACAGCAAUGAAAGGACAACACAAACACCAUGCAAAACAAAGCAACAAACAGUACUACAGUAUAAAACUACAAUGUAAGCCUUGUUGUUCUUCCCCAAGAGCAUUCCUCAGACUCUGAAAGAUGCAAAUGCAGCAGUGCAGUAGUAAAUUAUAGACUGUGUAUGCUCAGUAGUCUCUAUGACUGAUAAACUGAUUUGUUCUAUCUUCCCCUUUAAAACGAAUCAUCAACGCAAAUGUGACGACAAUUAAAGUGGGCGGACACUGACUGAACCUCACACUUGACCUGUUUAGUCUCUACUCUUCUGCUGCAAGCAGCUUCAUUUGCCAAGUGCUUCAGAGAUAUAUCAACUCAGGGACAGUCCAGUUCUGUUUCUUAAUAAUACCACAACUAAAAUGGCUAGCAAGCAGCAACAUCAGCAAGAUGAGCCACAUGGAGUUGACCUGGACUGCAUUCAGUUUUCCUGUUCGGUGUGUUUGGAUCUUUUGAAAGAACCCGUCACCAUUCAUUGUGGACACAGUUAUUGUAAAAGCUGCAUUGAGGAUUGCUGGGAUAGAGAGGAGGAGAAGGGUGAAUACAGCUGUCCUCAGUGCAGGGAGACAUUCAGCCAUCGGCCUGUUCUCAGGAGGAACAACAUGCUGGCUGAGGUUGUGAAUAAGCUAAAGAGCACAAAGCCAACAUGUCCUUCUCUGGUCUAUGCCAGCCCAACAGAUGUUGCCUGUGACUUUUGCUGUGGGAUCAGAAUCAAAGCCACCAUGUCAUGUUUGACCUGCUUGGCAUCUUACUGUCCCACUCACCUCGAGCCUCACUACAGCGUUGCUGUGUUGAAGAAGCACGAGCUGGUGGCAGCUACAGUGUCAAUACAGGAGAAAAUGUGCACCAAACACAGCAAGUUAAAGGAGCUCUACUGUGAGCAAGAUGAGCAGCUUGUUUGCUCUUUGUGCACAGUGGAUGAGCACAAGGGCCACGGAUGUGUUUCCGCUUCAGCACUCAAGGAUAAGGCAAAGAACCAGCUGGCUUUAAACCAAAGUAAAAUCCAGGACAAAGUCCAAAAGAAAGAGAAGGAGCUGAAAGAACUGAGCCAAGCUGAGGAGAGUCUCAAGAGUUCUGCUCUGAUUUCCCUGAACGACUGUGACAAGAUCUUCGACGAGCUCAUCUCCUCCAUGCAAAGAAAACAGAGCGAGGUGAAGCAGCUGAUUAAAGUCCAGGAAAAAACUGCCACCGCUCAGGUGGAGGACCGCCAGUCUCAGUUGAAGGAGGAGAUUACAAAACUGAAGAGAACAUACGCUGAACUGGAAAAAGCUUCGGAUGCAGAUGACCUCAUAUAUCUGAUGCAGCAUCUCUCCACUUCCUGGGAUUCUCCAGAUGGCUCACCUGGAGCUCCUCCUCAACGCUCUUUUAAAGACAUAACCAAGUGUUUGUCUGAGCUCAAAGAUAAAUUGGAAAUGUCACUGAAAGAAACAUGGCCCAGGAUCUCAGCCACAGGUAACAGUUGGAAAUGUAAAAAGAAAAAAGACAGUGUUGUGGAUGAGUUGCUUCAUAGAUACCCAGGGAUUUUUUUAAAAAUAACUCCAGUUUGUUUCUUCACAGUUUCAUAUGUUGACUUCUCUCUACCUCCGGCCCCCAGCAGCAGAGAAGAGCUUUUACGUUAUGUUUAUCCCCUCACACUGGAUGGGACCUCAAACUAUCGUUAUCUCCACCUGAUAUGCGAGAAUCGCAGAAUGAGGCCUUCACCUGGCCAGGCUUCAGCGCAUCUGGGCAGGUUCACUAAAUUUCCCCAGGUGCUGUGCAGAGAGGGUUUGGCAGACCGGUGUUACUGGGAGGUAGAGGGACAUGCUCGCACUCUGUCUGUAGCAGUGGCUUAUAAAAACAUCAGCCGGACAUCAGAUGAGUCACAGUUUGGAAAAAAUGACAAGUCCUGGAGUUUAGACUGCACAGCAGACGGCUUUUUAUUCUGUCACAAUAAUGUAGAAACCAAAGUGCCCGGCUCUGGUCUCUGCAAGAUUGGAGUCUUCCUGGAUUAUAAAGCAGGCACUCUGUGUUUUUAUCGUGUCUCUGACCCAAUGGUUCUAAUCCAUCAAGUCCAAACUGCAUUCAUCCAACCUCUUUAUCCUGGGGUUGGGAUAAAUUAUGAAUGGUAUGAUACUGGAGUAUUUGCACAGCUGGUUAAGUUAUGGUAAAUCUCUUCGAAGUGAUAGAGAUGUUAAAUAUUUUAAGACCCCAUCUCUAAAGGAUUUUGUCAUCCAUCGCUAAAGCAUAGCACACAGAAGUGGAAGGUAUAAAAAUACAAAUUCUUCGUUACUAUACUUAAGUAGAAUAUUCAGGUAUCUGUACUUGAGCUUCUACCUUUUUUAAACAAAUAUGUGUAAUUUCGACUCUUUACAUUUUCAGCACAGACUCAUUUAGUUUCAUCUAUAGGGCUUAUACUCGGGGGUUAAAGUGGGCCGGAACAAGUGCAGGUCUUCGUAAGUUGUGGCUGUGGUACUGCAGCAUGUAGUUAGAGCUACUGAAAAGCAGCAAAUAUAAUGGAAAUAUUUUUUUUUAAGUGGUAGGUAAUUUCAAAUGCAACAUUUCUAUUAGCUCAACAAACGUUGGCAAAAACACACAAACUGUUUUAGCGCAGCGUGUUAACGCUAAAGGUUCAGCUGCUGUAUCUCACAGUGUGACAAAGUGGGUUAACAGUCAGAAUACUCAUUACUUGUCUCAUAAGUUUUUACACAUUAAGCACAUUAUUCUCCACAUAUUUAGUGAUGACCAUAUUGCUAUAGUGGCUCUGCAUAUUUUUGGCUGCCAGACGACACCAAAUAGGACUGUGUUGAAAAGCUUCUAGUAAUGAACCAUUUUUGGAUAAAAGCUUCAGUUUUUUGCAGAAAUAAAUAAAUAAAUAAAUAGAUAAAUAAAUCACACGCGAAUGAUGACAUCCCUUCAGAUACAUGACAGAAUCACAUGACUGGUUGGAACCAUCGAUGGUGCUACGCAAGAAGAGAAACAAAAUCAGUGGUAACAGUUCCAAACAUAAGUUUACAGAGUCCACUGACCAGUCCAUCUAUCUUUCCAAAGUUGUACCUCAUUAAAACAAACCUUCGUUACACUUAGCACACAAUUGAGACAUUGAUUUGCUGUCUCCUAUUUCGCCACUAGAUGUCACUGAAACGAGCUUCGAAUGACUGAACCUCUUUUCAAUACAAUUGAUGAAGUGGAUCAAUACUGGUUCAUUGCUUUAUUUGCACUUCACUACAUAUGUUUACUUGCUAUGAUGGUUUGUUUGUGUACGCAUGAUGUUGCAGUCAAACUCAAACCCUGAGCAGAUUAAAGCAAAUACUCUGUUAUAUUUUAUCAUGUUACGUUUAUUAUGUUAACUCAUUUGUUCGUACUUACCAUAGAUUCUUUGUUCUGAGUCUACAUGCAGCUAAGGUGUGGGAAAGGGCCUGUCUAGCAUUUCUGGACUUUAAAGGGGUGAUGAUGUCAUGUCUGAUGCACACAGGCUAAACCAACAGGUGCAGUAUUUUUCCAUAGGAGUGUUUUCUUUUGUUUGUUUUCAGGUAAUGAAGUGAUUUUUCAAGACUAUCUUUAACUUUAAUAUAGCCAUUUAGCUGUAUUUAUUCAAUUCAAUUCAAUUUCAUUUAAAUAGCGCCAAAUCACAACAAAAGUCGCCUCAAGGUGCUUUAUAUUGUACAGUAGAUCCUGCAAUAAUAGAUACAGAGAAAAACCCAUGUCCUUCAGCUUCAAAUGGACCAUCACUACUGCGAACACAAAAUGUCUCCUGAGGCUUCUUACUUACCCCCUUCUUUGACACUUGAGCCAGACUACUUCACACACAGGGAGAGAAAAGAGUGUGAGAGAACUUUACUCAGGGAUAGAGAAAGAAGUAACAAAAGAAAGGACGGGAGAGGAGGCCGAGAGCUUAGAUUGAAAUGUAUGGACUGCUCAUUCAUGCUUGAUAAACUGCAGACUUAAAGAUUAUAUGUAAUGUUGUCAUUUGUAAUCACAUACUGGAUCUGUAUGUGACAUGUAUUUAACCCUAACAGAUUUUUGGGUUUCCCCACCUGCUGAAUCACACUUUAACCCUGGACUGUACUAGUUUUUGUGAUUAGAUGUGGAGGUAUAAAUCAGCCUCUACAAUGUAGACAACAGAAUCUUUUUGUUUCUUUUACUGCUUGGUUCCUACAUAACAGCUUCACUCUGACCACAUUCAUCAGAAGUACAAUCCAGAUUUAAAUAACAUUUGUAUUCUUGUGACUUGGAGUACAUUUCAGAGGCUGUUUUUUUCACUUUCACUUUUACUUAAGUUAACACUUUUAACUUUUUAGAGUUAAAGAAAAAUUCUGUACAUAAGCAGCUUCUGUGGGGACCCCUUUCCCUUCUUGAGACAUAUCUCUCUCUUUUGAUUUUCUUUUUUCUCUUUUGAAUUUGAUUUAAACCAGGAACUAUAUUAUCCUCAUAAUGGUGGCCAGUAAUGAACUGUUCAUGUUCCACCUUCAAUAAAAAUCACAUGAGCUCACCUUAGGCACAUCUAGCCAACAUUGGAGAGGGAGCUGCUGCUGCUUCGCUCUCUCCGACUGUAUCUGAAAUUAAUAGCCAUGAGUUUCAUGGUGUUAAGCUGUGCUACAUCUAUUUGGACAGAUAGUGUCACAGCUAUCACUGGCUUGCUGUCUUAAACAGCUGCCGAUAGCUAAACUAUUCUUAAUCUGCUUAUUAUAUUUGUUCACUUUUCUUUGGAAAAAAUUAUAUUAUACCUGACUGCUCCCAGUUUGCUUUUUUGUUGUUCAUUUUCAUAUCUAUAAUUUGCCUGUGAACUUGCCUUGAGUGGCCGCUGUAGCCAAUCAAAAUUACUCUAAGAGUGCAUUGAUGAUUUAUCUACAAGGUCACAAAAGAAUCUAGAACAACAUCUAAAGAAUAGCAGACCUCACAUUUGUUACUGAAGGUCAGGGUAAUGAUUAAACAACAAGAAGGAGAUCAAAUAACCAUCCCCUGUCCUUUUGAACAAUACUUUUUAAAAACAUUAACUGGAAAUGCUCAUGGCUUUUACAUGGAAAGUUCCUACUGAUCAAACCAGUACUGGAGGUGACAUUUUUGUUAUUAUUAUUAUCUUUUCUUCUUAUUAUUAUUACUAUGUUUUUUAUUUGUAUUAAUAACUGUUAUCCUGUGUAUAUAUAUUCUUGAACCAAAAAUACAAACUGGAAUUGGAUGACUUUUGCACUGUAUGCAUUACAUAAUGAAACAGUGAAUCAUCUUUUCAGGAACUGCACCCACACAAAAUCUCCUGGACUGAUAGGAUGACCUUUUUUCAUGAAAAUGUAUUGCCAUCUCAGUGCAAUACAGUGUACAUUUUCCCCCUUUAUGGAAAAUGUCUCAUUCGUACGAUGACGUUUUCACAACAAGGACUAAAGUUUAGCGUAUUUUUAGUCUUUAUAUAAAUAGCAUGAAAGUUAGACGUAAUCUCAAAGUAAAGGUAACUCUGGCAUUGCUUGUGUUCUUGGUUUAUGUUAAACUGGGUAAACUGUCUGCACGAAUUAGGAGAUUCUAAAACUGCCCAACUGGAAUCUUUCUGCAACCCUCUAUGCCUAGAAAUGCUGUCCAUAAAAAAAUGAACAAAAUCUCUGACAAAGGGCAGCCAUGUCAGUAUACAACACCUACCAGGAAUGAGUGUGAAUUAUUGCCAGCUAUCCGCACCAAGCUCCUGCCUUCUCCAAGUCCACUAAACACAUGUAGACUGGGUUGGGCACACAGCCAUACACCCUGUGCAUACACCCUGUUGAAUUUGUGGUUUGUGCUCACUUACAAUAAAAGCAACAGUCUCUAAAUAUUAAGGAUGUUUCAUUUUAAUUCAUCAAAACCAAUAAAAACAAAACAUGCCACUAAUUGAAACAAAACAUGACUUUGUACUUUGGGGAGAAACCUUUAUUACCAAGCACACGCCAGUUAGAAUUCUGGCACCCAAAAUCGCAAUGAAUUAAGCAAUCAAUUAAAGAAACUCCUGAUCUCAGCUCAUUACGUGUAUAAAGCACAUCUAUCCACAGAGUCAGUCUCUUUCACUCCAACUUCUCCUUUAACAUGAACAAGACCCAGGAGCUUUCAAAGGAAAACAUGGACAAGAUUGUAGACCUGCACAAGGCUGGAAUUGGCUACAAGGCAGCAAGAAGCAGGGUGAGAAGGUAACAAAUUUUGGUGCACUUAUUCACAAAUAGAAGAAAUAUGAAAUGGAAUUCAGUUGCCCUUGUUCUGGAGCUUCAUGCAAAAUAUGCCUCAUAUGUUGAGGAUUAUCAUGAGAAAGGUAGAUCAGCCCAAAACUACAGGUGCUUGUUAAUGAAGGCAGUUGGGACCACAGUCACCAAGGAGAUGAUUCAUGGCUUUUAUAUAAAGAUAAUUUACAUGAAUCAUGUAAAAUCAAUAAUAUAUUAAAACUAAUGCACUGCUUGAGAUCAGCUUGGCACAUUUUUUAGUGAACAUUAUUAAUACAUUACUGUUGUCAUCUCUGUGUAUUCCUGUUUCAAUUGAUUCUCACUGUCAUGCGGCGGCUGUGUGAAGGCGAGAGAGUACCCAAAUGCACGGCUCAGGACACGCAGGGAUAACUCAAAAGGCAGGUCUUUAUUAAUAGGAACAUAGACAUACAAAACUAUACUUAGGAGAAACUAGAGCUGAGGCACUAGGAAGACGAGGGAAUGCACACAACCUAGAGGGACGACGCAACACGGAACAAAGGGAUACUCUGACAUAAAUACACAGAAGGUAAUGAGGGAAGUGGGAACACACGGGGAACACAGCUGAGGACAAUUACUUAUGACAGAACGGGGAAGACACGAAACUGAAAAUACUGACACUAAGAUGUGGACCUCAAACACAACACAGAGUACACAGAGAGGAGCACAGAGAGAGGCAGAGAACAAGAAUGAAUACACGAGAGGAUGAGGAGAACAGAACACAAGGGAUGGGAACACGGUAUCAGAACAAACACCACAAUAUAAGCAAGGACACAGGGGGGAAUCCAAAUACCAAACCAAACAAUCCUAUGAACAUAAAGAACAUAAUACAAGACCACAGGAAAACUAAGAACACUGGGUUAAAAUGACCCAGGACCAUGACACUCACUUCCUGAUUUUUUAACGUAAUUUAAUUUUUGACUUUCUUUGCAGUUUCUCUCUCUUCAAUUGUUAAUUGUACAAAUUUGUCCUUUAAAAAGAUGCUGAUGAACCUGAAAAAAAUUCAUUCUAACAGUCCAGGACAUUCUUGUUUGGGUGCAAUUCCUGAAAGAUGAAUCACUGUUUCAUAAUGAAUUUUAUAGAGUACAAAAGUCAUUCAAUUCCAGCAUGUAUUUUUGGUUCAAGAACAGGAUACCAGUCCUAUGCCAAUAAUAAUAAUAAUAAUAUUAAUGAUAAUAAUGAUAAUAAGUCUGUCUUACUUGUGCUUUUGGAUCUCACAGCAGCUUUUGAUACAGUAGAUCACAAUAUUUUGAUUUAUCGUCUAGAACAUCAUGUUGGAAUUAGAGGCACUGCCUUGGAGUGGUUUAAGUCAUACCUCUCUGAUAGAAGUUUUUCUGUCUCACUUGGUAAAUUUCAUUCAUCUUCCGCCCCCCUCCCAUGUGGUGUACCUCAAGGAUCCAUCCUUGGGCCCCUUCAUUUUAGUAUUUAUUUACUUCUUCUUGGCCAUAUUAUUAAAAAACAUAAAGUCUCAUUUCAUUUUUCAUUUCAUUCAAGGAUACCAGUCCUAUGCCAAUAAUAAUGAUAAUAACAAUAAUAAUAAUAAUAAUAAUAAUAAUAAUAAUAAUAAUAAUAAUAACAACAAUAAUAAUAAUGUUUCCUCUCUUACUUGUUUCAUAAGAAAGAGCAUUCUAUGUAAAUGUCAUGAGUAUUUCUAGUUAAUGUUUUCAAAAGUAUUUUUUAAAGGAUGCAGGAUGGAGAGGCAACUGUAUUUCUGUGAGUAAAUAUCAGGUGUAGCUCCAGGUUUUUGCACCACAUUUACUUCAAGUAGUAUUGCAUAAGUUAGAUUCAUGACUUCAGAGAGUGCAUUAGAGUAGUUCUAUUUGUUGUUUUGAGAGAUUGUAUUCACAGAGGUUUGGUUGCACUGUAAGCAGGCCUGGGAAAAAAAUAUAUAGAUCUCAGUAAAAUUUAAGUUACAAGUUUGCAGUGCUCAUCAGGUUACUGUUAAAGCAUUUGCUUUCUUCCUGAUUUCAUUUUUUUUGUCACACUGUUUCAGUUUAAACAGACUUACUAGAUAAAGAUAACUAAAGCAAAUACACAAUGCAGUUUUUAGAUAAUUAGAAAAACAUCUAUCUAAACUCAUCUGACCCUAUGAGGGAAAGCAAUUACCCCUUAAACCAACUAACUUGGAAGUCUUCUCCUUGUGUGAACAAUAAUCAUAUGUUAAUAAAGAAAGAUUAAUAUGCAUGAAGAUAACAACAUAUAAAAGUGAAAAUAGUUGCAGUGCAAUAGAAACACUUUAUCUUACUAAAGUGAAUUUAUAAUAAAAAAUAACUUUAAAAUUAAUUCUGGAAACAAUAAUGUGAUUAUCACUUUGACCAUAAUUGUGCAACUGUUACGGUCCUCGGUCUGUGGCCCAGUGUUUUGAUUUUGUAUUGUUGUUUAUUAGUCUGUUUUCCUUUUGGUUCAUGGUUUGUGACUACUGGUGUUUUGGUUUCUGUUCUGUAUUUCUUAGCUUGUGUAUUCCUUUACCCCUCAUGUCCCUCUUUUCCCUGUACUCUGUGUUCCCUCAGUUCUUUGUCGGAGUUGUGUCUCUGAGUUCAGUUUGUGGAUUUCCUGUUUUAUUUUGAAGGUUCAUGUCUUAUGUCAAUGUUUCCAGUUUCGCUUCCUGUCUCGUUAGGUCUAAUUUCUCCCGGCUGUGUUCCCACCUCUUCCUCAUUCCCUCAUGAUCCUGCCUGUGUCUUUAUAGUGUGUGUCCUCCAGUGUUCAGCGUUGCGUCAUACCCUUAAUAAGCUGUGUGUUUUGUUUCCGUGCUCCCUCCUUUUCAGGUUUUUCCAAUGUUUUGUUAUAAGCCUUAUGUUUUCAGUUUAGGUUUGUUCUUGUGAGUUUAUGUUUGGAGUUUCUGGCACAGCACAAUAAAGCUGCCUCUUUUCGUUCA